AUGGCAUCAUCAUCAAACACCAAUUUCAGUGAUGACGAUCUUGAUGACCGGUUUGAUGACGCAUUUGACGACAUAAUGGAUCAAGCAAUGGAUGAUCUGUAUGACACCAUUUUGGAGAAGCAACCACCAAGAAGAGCAAAGAAGAAAAGAGCGUAUAUAGAAAGAGAGCGCGAAAUAGGUCACAUGAAUCUAUGGAAUGACUAUUUCAGUGAAGAUUGUACGUAUCCACCGCAUAUAUUCCGUCGCCGCUUCAGAAUGAAAAAGCCGUUGUUCAUGUAUAUUGUUGACCGUCUUUCCCAAGUUCCAUUCUUUAGAAAAAAAAGAGAUGCUGCGGGAAGGUUCGGUCUCUCAGCAUUACAGAAGUGCACAUCCGCCAUUCGUAUAAUGGCAUACGGUUCAGCUUCUGAUGCGGUUGACGAGUACCUCCGACUCGGUGAAAGUACUGCACUCUUUUGCUUGGAGAAUUUUGUGGAAGCAAUAAUCAAUAUAUUUGGAGAAGAGUACCUCAGACGACCAACCCCAGAAGAUCUUCAACGACUUCUUAUUGACGGAGAGCGGCGUGGUUUUCCCGGGAUGAUUAAAAGCAUCGAUUGCAUGCACUGGGAAUGGAAAAAUUGCCCAACAGCUUGGAAAGGGCAAUAUACACGAGGUUCUGGAAAACCUACAAUUGUCUUAGAGGCUGUCGCAUCACAAGAUCUUUGGUUUUGGCAUGCCUUUUUUGGACCACCAGGUACUUUAAACGAUAUCAACGUUCUUGAUCGUUCACCUGUUUUCGAUGAUAUUUUACAAGGUCGAGCUCCAAAAGUGAAUUUCUGGGUAAACGGGCAUCAAUACCAUUUGGCGUACUACCUAACAGACGGAAUAUAUCCCAAAUGGGCAACAUUUAUCCAAUCUAUACCGUUACCACAAGGUGAAAAAGCAACAAUGUUUGCCACAAAACAAGAAUCCGCCAGAAAGACGUUGAGCGUGCUUUUGGAGUCCUGCAAGCUCGUUUUGCCAUAA